AAAUGUUUGAAGGCAUACAAAUUAGUAAGCCGGAAAGAAGCUCAUGGUUGACACAGAUUGUCACGUGAUUCAAUUAAACCCAAAAAUCCUCCAAAAUGGCAACUGCGAUGUAUCUCGAACACUAUUUAGAUAGUUUGGAGACUUUACCGAGUGAACUCCAAAGAAACUUUAAUUUAAUGAGAGACUUGGAUCAAAGGGCACAAGAUUUGAUGAAGGAAAUAGACAAGAUGGCAGUGGACUAUCUUGGAAGUGUCAGAGGUCUGUCACCAGAAAAACGCACAGAACAGUUAGAUUCUAUAGAAAAAAUGUUCUCUAAAAGUAAAGAAUUUGGUGAUGACAAAGUACAGUUAGCCAUGCAAACAUAUGAAAUGGUUGACAAACAUAUACGAAAGCUAGAUGCUGACCUUGCUAGGUUUGAAGCAGAUUUAAAAGAAAAAAGUUCGUCAUCUAGUCAACAGAAAGGAGAUUCAGACUCUGGCAAAAAACUUAAAGGAAAAGAAAAGAAAAAGAGGAAAUCUAUGAAAGAAGAAUUUGAAGAUGAAAUUCCUCGGAAAAAGAAAAAGAAAGGAGCACCAUUAUCUCCUGAACCUGAAGCAGCACCCAUCACAGUUCCCCUUAUAUCCAUAACACACCCUUCAGAUGUAUUAGACAUGCCUGUAGACCCUAAUGAACCUACAUACUGUCUAUGUCACCAGGUCUCUUACGGUGAAAUGAUUGGCUGUGAUAAUGCUGAUUGUCCAAUUGAAUGGUUUCAUUUUGCUUGUGUUGGACUAACAAUCAAACCUAAGGGUAAAUGGUUCUGUCCCAGAUGUUCAGAAGAGCGGAAAAAGAAAUAAAACAUCACAGAUUACGAGAAGAAGAAAGUGCUUUGGUUUUAUUUGUAAAACACAUCAUCGGUGCAUUUAUUGUCUAGUAAUGUUCAUUUUGUAGUAAACUAAAAAGAAGAAAAAAACUAUCAUUAUAGUUAAUUUCCUACUGCAUGUAGAGUAAUACUUUGGUUAGCUUGCUUGCUUUGUUGGGAUAUUGUACAAUUUUAAUGUAGAUAAUAUUCAAUCAAAUGUUUUGACAAUGUCAAUUUUAAAAUAACAAACCUUCAGUAAAUGUUUAUAUGAACAAAGCAAGCAAUACCAACCAAAGUUUAACUCUACAAGCAUUAGGAAAUAAGCUAUAACAAUCAGUUCAUCUACCAUGUGGUUUGUGGUAUUUUUUUCUCUCAUAAAAUUAUAUAUUUCCCAUUUAUAACAAUCAUGACAAAUUUAGACUUGAAAUUACAAUGUUUUUCUGAUAGUUAGUUGGUUUGAAACCAUUCCUUUAAAGAUAUCUCGAAAUUUAUUAGUGUUUAUUUUUAAAACAACUAUUUUUUUCUUUCUGUUCAGUUAAUUUAUAGAAACUCAAAUUUUAAAAGUCUAACAUGGUAAAUACUUUAAAAAAAAGAUGUAUUAUUUUUUUAAUAGUAGAAACGAUUGUCCCAUUACACAAGGAAUUUUCAAUUUUCUUGGAAAACAGUAGGUAAAUUUAAAUACAAAAAACAGUUGUUGAUGCGUUCAUUAGAAAUAUUCUUCAAGUUUUAUGACCUCUGUCAUGUCUAUGUUGUGAUUUUGUUAUUUUAAGAAAAAUUUCAGGUUUUACUGAAGAAAAUUAAUCAUUUACAUAUAGUAUUUUUUACGUAUCUCCACUGUUUUCUUAUUUUUGCAUCUGAAUUUGAAGAAGAUAUUUUUCAGCUAAGUAGCAAUCAUGGCUUGAUAAUAUAAAGAUAUUUUUAGAAGUAUUAAUAUAUUUUACAUCAUAAUUUAAGGCAUAGUAUAUGUAUAAAGUUAAUAUUUCAGAUGAAAUCUUGUACGCAAAUAGAACUUUUUGAACUACACUUGACUAUAAAAAUUGCACACUGAACAUUUGUUAAAAUUUAAAGAAAAAUGUGAGGAAACCCUUUAAAUUCUCAUGAAUUGAAGAAAAGGGCCCUAACAUCUUUUUUCUCCAUAUUCAGGAUUUGUUUUUUUGACUAAUCUCUAGUUUCGAUGUUACAAUUUUUUUUGCUGGAAUAUAUUAGUGACAUGAAGCUUCAUAGCUUAGUUUAUAAGAAAUCUCAUUUUGCCAUCAUGUGAUAAAUUGUUGUUUAUUUUGUUUAGUGACAUAUGUACAUUGCAUUGUGGGUAAGAAAAUAUUAUAUUGUGAAAAUGAAGAUUUGAAAGUGACCAACGUUUGAUUUAUUCUUCAAGAAAACAAAUGAUUGAAAGAAAAAAAUAGCAGUUUUAAAUUGUCCUUUUUCUUUAAAUUUCCUUCCCUGUAAUAAAUCUGAUUAAUCUGUUAACAGGCUAUGAUUUGAACUUGGAAUUUGCAUAAUUUCUUGUGUUUAAUAAAUUUUUUUGAUAAAUUUUAUGUUUAUUUGGUAUUAUAAUCGUUUGAGUGGUUUAUAACACUUUCCAUACAAUGUAUUUUGGUUAGAUAGUGUUGUGCGCGGCACAGCACAUUCUAUUGAAAAUAUAAUAUUUGUCUUUGUAAUAGAAAGUGUUGCACAGAACAUUUCAGUACUGAAUAAACAUGGAAUUCAAUAACAAGAAAUCAAGGAAAUUCCAUAAUUAAAAAUAAUUCCAAGUUCAAAUAAUAGCCUGUUUGUAGGUAAUUUUGAAAACAUUGAGAAAUAUAAUUGUUCUUUUCACAAAAUGUUUCACUGUUUAUAAGGGAUGUUAUUGUUAUAUGACAUUGAGUAAAAUUAUUACUUAUAACUAGUGUUAUCCAUUCCCAUUUCUAUUCUAAUUUUUAUUAUCACUAUUUUUACGAAAUUUUCCUUUGAUAUUGCUGACUGAUAAUUUCCUUUCUUGCUAAAAACAAAGGGGGCACCUGGUGUUACUAAUGAAAUUGAGGUAAAAUAGAAAUAACAGAUUAUCAUUGGUCAUGCAUCUCAACUCGAUUGCCUUUCUCACUUUCCCAGUACUGGCUCCAAAGGAGAAAAUUAAUCUGGUUGAGAUGAUCAACAACAAUCUAUAAUUAUGUAAACUAUCUUGUUUCUGUUAAAGAAAGUAGACUGAAAAAUUAUGGUGAGAAAGGAAUUUUUUGAAAUUUUGUUUUAAAAACUUGUGAUCCAAAUAUAUUUAUUAUUUGUAUGUCACAAAUUAUCCCAAAAUCCUUUUUGUCACAGCAUGUGCACAUAUUUCUUCAAAUUAAAAUCCAUAUAAAAAUAAUUUAAAAUGGAUUUUUUUUUCUUAAUUCAGAGUGCAUUUUAAUAGCAUUAUAAGUUAAAAGAAACAAUAUUGGUAUAUUUUAAUGUCUAAGAAAUAUUAUCAUUUUGUGUAAACAAUGUAUAUUUAGACUUACCAUGUUAUAAUUUUUAAGAAGUAUAUACUAUGUUGGGUAUAGAAAAUAGUGUUCAUAGUUAUUUAAGCAUUCUCAAAUUCUUGAAUUUGAUAUUCCACAAUCAAAAUAUUUUGUCAGUAUUCAAGAGGCUUUAAUGGUAGAAUUGCAGUGUUUUGAUAGAUUUUUCACCAUUUUUUCUAGUGCUAUGUUUUCUAUGACUAAAUUCUGUAGUAAUAAUUCAGUGGAGUGCUACCUUUUAUUUCUACCAUGGUUACAGUAGAAACUUUCAAUAUAAAGUUUAAAUUUUAAGUGAUCUCUCAUAUUAUGUUUGAAAUUGGUUUAAGUGAAUGAAACUUAUUAAUGUGCAUGUAUACAUGUCAGUGGGAGAGAUUAUUAGUAUGAAUGAGUUUAGAUAUUGCAUAUGAAAGGCUAAACUUCAUUGAUGAAAAACCUUUUGGAUUGCGAUUUUUCUCAAAUUAUCUGCUAUGGUAUGCAAUAAAUACAUGUAUUUCUGUAUAAUCAGAGUUUUUUCUCAUGCUUUGAUUACUGCACACAAUGAAAAGUAAUAGAUAUUGCAGACCAUAAACUUAAUUGUUAAAUACAUGUAGGGUUGUAAUAAAUUGUCUAGGACGAUGACAUAAAUUGUAUGUUUGAAAAAAGGUUAGACUGGGAUUCUGGCCCGUCUGCUAUCACUAGGAAGCAGAUAUUGUGCUAGGAUCUAAGGCAAGAAACAGCUCAUCCUGGAUGUUUUGAGCUAAAUCUAACAGAAAGAAAACAACAAAAAAACAUAGGUUAAACCCCAUUUCCUGAGUAGAAUUACUGUAGAAAGUUUUCCUGAAAUUAAAUAUUCGAAGGCCGCUUGGGAUGCAGUUAACAUAAAAUUUUCAUUCCUGAAUUAUCACUUUAUUUUCAGUAUUCUUAAAUGUUUAAUGACUGUUUAUAGAUUUUCUUUCAAGAUGUUUCUUUUUGUUUUAUCAAUAUUAAUCUUUAAGUGGACAGUAAUAUUUAUUUUAGAAAUACAUGUCUCUUGAUAUUUUUAUUGUUAGUUAUGUUCCUGAGAGUGAUUUUUAGAUGCAGCCUCUGUAAAUGAUGUUGACCUAAUUUAGGGAAUGCAACUCCUAUGUUUUUUCAUUGAUAUAUGUCAAAGAUUCUAAGUAACAUAGGAAAGCUUAUAGACUAUUGUUGAAACUGGCUAUUAUAAACACAUUACUGAUUUAAACUGUUAUUUCCCUUGAUUUAGCUUUACCUCCUUUAGAAAGCUAAAGUAAUUAUUUUGCAUGUAAGAGAGGGAGAGAUUAUUUUAUGUAUGAGGAUUUUGCAUGAUAAAAGUUGUAAAUAUGGACACCCAGUGUCACUAUUGUUUUAUUGUUAUUCACAAUAAAAACAUCAUUUGAA